CUUUAUCCGGCUGCCACCUUUUCUUCCCUCUCAUGUUCAUCGAUAAAGGGCAUCUCUUCUCUUCUCUGUCAUCCUUCACUUCCACGUUCACUUUUCCAGUCUACUCAUCUCACCACCUCUCCGUGACAAUGGCUCGUUUCUCCAAGAAGCUUUACUUUGAAAUGGUUCUCCUCUGGCUUCUGGCCUUGGCGUCUCUCAUUUCAUCAUCAUCGACCUUAGAGUCGAAGAGGGCAGCCUUCCCCAGCACCAGAACCGACGCGGAGUCGCUCCUCCUCUUCAAGAGCUCCAUCAAGCAGGACCCCAACGCCAGUCUCUCCGGCUGGCGCAUCGGCCGCGGAGACCCAUGCCGCUGGCGAGGCGUGUCCUGCACCCUCGGCAGGGUCACCGGCCUGGACCUCAGCGGCGCCACCCUCGCCGGCGAGCCCUCCUUGCACUCUCUCUCCACCCUCACCGCCCUCUCCACCCUCAACCUCUCCCUCAACUCCCUCUCGUUCAAUGCCUCCUCCUCCCUCCGCCACCUCCCCCCUUCCCUCCAGCUCCUCGACCUCUCCUUCAACGGCGUCUACGGCUCCGUCUCCGACGAGUUCGUCCCUGACCACCCGAAUCUCGUUGCCCUGAACCUCUCUCACAACAAUCUCUCCGGCGUCCUCUCCGGAACUCUUUUCGGGGGCUCCCUCCAGUUCCUAGAUUUGUCGGUGAAUAAUAUUUCCGGCGAUUUGAAGUCCCUGUCGAUCGGCUCCUGCUACGAUCUCUUGGUGUUCGACCUCUCCAGGAACAGCCUAGCGGGGUCCAUCCCGUCCUCGCUGUCGGGCUGCGGCAGUCUGAGGACGUUCAACUUGUCAUCCAACCGCUUGGGGGGAGAGAUACCCGCCUGGGUUGGCAAUCUGACGGCUCUGGAAAGGCUGGACCUCUCCCGGAACGGUCUCUCCGGCGCCGUCCCUCCCGAGCUCGGCCGUUCUUGCGCGUCCCUCCUCGAGCUUCGCCUCGCCUUCAACGCCAACGUCUCCGGUUCCCUCCCUGACUCCCUCGCCAACUGCGUCUCCCUCCGCGACGUCGACGUCUCCAACUGCAACCUGUCCGGAAAUUUCCCGAGCGCCCUCCUGGAGAAUUUAAAUUCCCUGGAGACCCUCGUUGCGAGCAAUAAUUUCAUCACGGGCCCCUUGCCCAACCUGAUUCCCGAAACCCUCAGGCUCCUCGACUUCAGCUCCAACAAGCUCUCCGGCGACGUCCCGCCCGACCUGUGUACGGAGGGGUCCGCUCUGGAGGAUUUUCGGGCGCCGGACAACCUCCUGACGGGAGGGAUUCCGCCAAAUUUGUCGUUGUGCAGGAGGCUCAAGACCAUCGAUCUGAGCAUCAACUACCUCACCGGGGGGAUUCCCGCGGAAAUCGGGCUGCUUAGCGACCUCGAGCAACUGAUGGCGUGGUUCAAUGGCCUGGUGGGACCGAUACCGCCGGAGAUCGGAGGCUGCCGGAACCUGAAGAACCUUGUUCUCAACAACAACUUCCUCACGGGUGGGCUUCCGGUCGAGCUCUUCGACUGCACCAACCUCGAGUGGAUCUCACUUACCAGCAACCGAAUUUCCGGAACGGUGCCGCCUGAAUUCGGCCGGCUUCGGCGUUUGGCUGUGCUCCAGCUAGGGAACAACAGUCUAUCCGGCAGCAUACCGACCGAGCUUGGGAACUGCAGCAGCUUGGUCUGGUUGGAUCUUAAUAGCAAUCACCUCUCUGGCGACAUUCCCACAUACCUUGGCCGGCAACCAGGGGACGAGACGCUUAGCGGCAUCCUCUCCGGCAACACGCUCGCGUUCGUCCGCAACGUCGGUAAUUCCUGCAAGGGCGUCGGAGGGCUGCUGGAGUUCGCGGGCAUCCGACCAGAGCGACUGCUCCAAGUGCCGACGCUCAAGACGUGCGACUUCACGCGGUUGUAUUCCGGCGCAGCACUCAGCGGCUGGACCCGCUACCGAACAUUGGUGUACCUGGACCUUUCCUAUAACGACCUCCAUGGCCGGAUUCCGCCAGAAUUCGGGCAAAUGGCGGUGCUGCAGGUCCUCGACCUCUCACAUAACAAACUCAGCGGCGAGAUCCCGGAGUCGCUCGGCAACCUCUACAACCUCGGCGCCUUCGACGCGUCGCACAACCGGCUGGAGGGACGGAUUCCGGAGUCGUUCUCGAACUUGACCUUCCUGGUGGUGAUCGACCUGUCGAACAACGCGCUCACCGGUCCGAUCCCGGCUCGCGGCCAGCUGACCACUCUCCCUGCGUCGCAGUACGCCAAUAACCGAGGCCUGUGCGGCGUGCCGCUGCCGCCGUGCCAGGCAGAGGAGACGGGCUCCCAACCGAGUCCGGCCAGCAGCUCCGUCGCGACCCGGCGUGCUUCCGCAGGACCGUGGGCCAACAGCAUGGUGCUGGGCAUCCUGGUGUCGCUGGCCUUUGUGUGCGUGCUGAUUGUGUGGGCCAUAGCUGUUCGCUUCAGGCAGGCAGAGCGUGACAAUGCGGCGAUCCUCAGCAGCCUGCAGGCGUCGUACCCGACGACGUGGAAGUUGGGGAAGGAGAAGGAGCCGCUGAGCAUCAACGUCGCCACCUUCCAGCGCCCCCUGAGGAAGCUCACCUUCUCGCAGCUUGUCGAGGCCACCAACGGCUUCUCGGCCGGCAGCCUCAUCGGCACCGGCGGGUUCGGGGAGGUGUUCCGCGCCACCCUCAAGGACGGCUCGCGCGUCGCCAUCAAGAAGCUCAUCAGGCUGAGCUGCCAGGGGGACCGAGAGUUCAUGGCAGAGAUGGAGACGCUGGGCAAGAUCAAGCACCAGAACCUCGUGCCCCUGUUGGGCUACUGCAAGGUUGGCGAGGAGCGGCUCCUCGUGUACGAAUACAUGGAAUUCGGCAGCCUAGAAGACAUGAUCCACGGCAGCUACGACGGGGGGAACGAAGACGUCGACGACUCCAAGAAGCAGCAGCUGCUCACCUGGGCCACGAGGAAGAAGGUGGCGAAGGGCGCCGCGAAGGGUCUCGCUUUCCUGCACCACAACUGCAUUCCCCACAUAAUCCACCGGGACAUGAAGUCCAGCAACGUGCUGCUCGGGACCGGAAUGGAGGCGAGGGUGUCGGACUUCGGCAUGGCGCGGCUGAUAAGCGCGCUCGACACGCACCUGAGCGUCAGCACGCUGGCCGGAACUCCGGGGUACGUGCCCCCGGAGUACUACCAGAGCUUCCGGUGCACGGCGAAGGGUGAUGUCUACUCGUUCGGGGUGGUGAUGCUGGAGAUCGUGACGGGGAGGAGGCCUACGGAUAAGGAGGAGUUCGGGGACUCCAACCUGGUAGGUUGGGUGAAGGGGAUGAGGGGGGAGGGGAGGGAGAUGGAGGUGAUGGAUCCGGAGUUGGUGGUAGCCAUGGAGUCUAAGGGGGAAGGCUACAAGGAGGAGCUGCUGCAGUUUCUAGACAUAAGUCUGAAGUGUGUGGAAGACUUUCCCUCCAGGAGGCCUAACAUGUUGGACGUCGUCGCCAUGCUGAGGGAGCUUUCCCUUGAUGCCAAUGAAGAAGCCUAAGACCAAAGAUUCUCUCCCUCUGGCCCUUUGUUAGAUGCAAAUUACAUUCUUUUUCCUGUUAUGUAAUGGAGUAAAAUGUGAAGAUGGAAAUCAUAGUGCACCUCGUUCUUUUUUCGUCUUGAUCUUACAAGUGCUUUGUAAAAUAAAGAUGCAUAUGAUAGGUAAAUGGAAGCACGUUGCUCGGUGGUGAUAAUUCGGCAUUGGAUUUUCCAAUAAAUUCUUGUAGUAGUUUGAU